AUUUUCAAGUCCGACAUUUUGUCUUGAUCGAAUAUUCCGAAUAAGUUCGCUUUCUUUUCGAGGAAUAUGGCGUUGAAAGAAAGCGAACUUCGGGUUUUAGGCAUACUUGGCCUAGUUAUUGUUAUUCUGUGGGCAUUUUUUGGACUAGUUUGGAGUUUUCUUCUUGUAUUCACAUUUCUGAUUUACGCGUAUAACUUUGGAAGGCAGCAGAGAAAUUCUUCGCAUGAAAUAGGAGAAGACGAACCGGAUGUGCCUUUUCAAGAGAAAAUGCACGACUAUUAUUCGGAAUUUCAGGAUCUGCAAUUUACUGGCUCACCAAAAGGGCAAUUUACGCUGCGAUCACCUAUGCCAUUACUGUCUGAAGUCGCCAAGAGGCUUAGUUUUAAUACGAGGUAAGCUUAUUAAUUACGCUUAAAAAUGCUCCAACUUGGCAACUAUUUUCUGCAUAAAGCUUGCCUUAACCUUCGUUAAUGGGAUAAUUUUUUACUUUUAAAAAGCUCUUUUUCUAAUGGGGGGUGUCUAUAAUAAUGCAUGAGUAAAUGUACACAGUUGUACAUUAAAUAAUUAUUGUACUUCCGUUGAUACGCUUAUAAAAGCCUGCACAUUCUUUGAUACCUGUAUACUAUGAGCCAUUCCAUAAACUUUCAAUAUACAAACCCUCCCCCCAUCCUCUACCCUGUGAACAGUGGUUUUUCCUGUGAGAACGCUAUGCUAUGAAGGGAGAGAAACCACUGCGAGUGACAGAUUGCUCUUCCAUUGAGCAUGCUCAUCCACGUGUCGCUUAUGUCAAAACGUCAAAUGACAUCACUUCCUCUCUUUUGGCAGGAAACAUUAGGGACUUUAGGAUUCAUCAACGAGAUGGUGACAAGAAUGCAAAAAAAGAGAAUACGUUUAACAAGCAAAACAACAACCUUGCUCAUGCAUCACACUUGUUUACAGUUCUUUGCCAUUUUUGCACAACUAUACCCUAGCAAUGCCAAAUUUUGCAUUUUAUGGAGAACGUAAACAAACAUUGACAAAAUUUAUUUUUCUCUUUCUGCACUUGAAUAUGGUCCUUAAGAAUUCAACCCCAGUAGGGUUCACCUUCAAUUGACAAAGGAAGAGUGGGUAGGAGUAUUCUGAUAAAGACUGAGUGCAAAUUUACAGCAGGCUUGCAUUAAGGUAGCAGUUAUAGGCAUACAAUGUAAGCAAAUGUGUAUCAUAAAAGUGAAAAAUAUGAAAAAGGUUUUUUAAUGUGAUCAGUGGUAAGUUAGAGUGUACAGUGUAUGCAACUGAUGUAUCUUUUAACCGUUUUUUUUGUUUUGUUUGUUUUGUUUUUUCAGUUCAAUACCCCAGUAUUCACCACAUCAAGCAAGGAAACCAUGGCAUUAUAACAGAGAAUUAGGUAACCCAUAUCAGCUAUCAAGAGCGAGCUCUGUUGCUUACUGGCGUAAAUCAAAUCACUUCAGCCUGUUAAACCCAGCAUUACAGAGACCUUCCACUGUUAAGAUUGCUUCACCAGAUGUCACAAUUAAUAGAAUGUUUACUUUGUAAGUCAGAGUAAUUAGCAUUAUUUGUUUGAUCAUGUACUAUGCAUUAUGAUUAUUUAUAUCUUUGUACUACAUCUAUUUAGGUAGACGUUAGCAUUGUCGGUAGUUUCUCAGAUGUGCAGGGCAGUAAAAUCACCAAGUGACAUAAUACAAAAGAUUGAAAAGAGACUGUAUAAUCCCCAAACCACACCACAAAAGCAAAACAAGAAUGGUUUCUGCAACACCAAGAACACCUACAAUGUCUUUCUGGUUUCAGUUCUCAUCUUGAUUGGUUAGACUCUCAGUGUGCCACUUCUUGAGCAAAUGAUUUGUUUUCUUGAAAGUUCAAAGAUGACAAAAACAAAGCAAUUCAUCCUCGUGAGAUUGGGUUUUUUAGAUUGCAAAUUAUCAGAGAUUAAAGACCUACACUCAAUACUCAACUGGACUCCAUCUGUGCGAAAGUCUUUGUUUGUCAUAUUUCCAUUUUUAUGCUUAAAAUAUAUACAUGCCCGUUUUGCACUUUACCUUUCUCUCUCUAGCCAAUUUUUUGAAACCCAACCUAACGAAAUUUGCAGUCAUUUGAGUGACAAGGCAUCAAAAGGCAGUUUUCUUAUGCUCGAUAAACUUCCAAAUCACAGUAAUGAAGGAAAAGGAAAGGAGAAAAAGAAAGAGCGAGGAGAGGGAAAGGAGGAGAAGAGAAAAAAGCAAUGGUUACACUCUUAGUUUUUAUGAUGGCUUUCUUUGGAGAGAGGUUUUGGCCGGAAAAAAAACUGUUGGACACAAAAGGUCCAUUUGAUGGUAAUGUUUUCAAAAAUCUGGCUAGAUAUACAUUGUAUAUUACCACGAAUCAUGAUAAUUUCUUAAUGUUUGACAAUGGUGACAUGAGACCAUUGAAAUGUCAAGUUUCUUUCAUAUUGUCAAUUUUUGUUUUAAUUUAAAUUAUGACAUGAUUUUUUGAAGAUCAAAUAGCCCUUUCAAAAGAACUACACCAGACCCAGCAAAUCCAUGCAGCAGAGCUACUGUCCUGUCUGCCCUGAAGGAAAGCAGAAAAAGAAGCUAUGUUGUUGAUGAGGAAGAUGAUUUAGAACUUUCUCUACGACCAACAAAAAGGUUAGUGAUCUCUUUUUUAUGCCUAAAGGCUGGUGUUCACAGGGAACAUAGUCAGAUUCAUAAUCUCUACACCUCCGUUUGUGACUACGACUCCCUUGCUUAAUGCUAGUGAAGACCAGCCUAUGAGCAAGCUUGUUACUUAUGCUUGUUCCUGUUUUUGGUUGCUGCUUUGGGGGGGAAGAGGGGUGCAUUGCAGAGGAAAUAGAGAGUCUAGGGGUUGUGACGAGGAGAAAGAAAGAACAAGACGAAAUGAUUUUCUUGGCAUAUGUUCGAUGAGAAAUCACAUUAUGUUCACCCUGGCCCUGGUUGUUCAAAAGGUGGAUAAUGCUAUCCAAUGCAUAAAUCUCUUUCCACUGGAUAAUGCAAUAAUAAUUAUAUUGUUUUCCCUAAUACUUAAUAAUACUGGAUGGUGAUUUAUCCGGUGGAUAACGCUAUCCAAAGUUUAAACAACCAGGACCUGGUAGAAAUGUUUGUCCCAUUAUGUGACCCCCUAGAAAUUUUUGGAUAAUUUCUCAAUAUUUUUCCUCUAUACAAAUGUCGUGAAAUAUCUACAAAACAUGCCUCUCACAGAUCCAAACUUUGCAACAGCAGUGUAGUGUAAUAUGAAGUUGUACAUUUUCCUAUAAGAGUCAACUCUCUCUUAAUAAUGGACACCUCCAUAAGAUGGACACCUUUGUAAAAACUACAAUUGGUUCCUGCCUUUCUCCACUCCCUUUAUUGAACUCUAAGACAAAUGUCACUCUUAGAUGGACACUAACCUUAGUUUGGGUCCCAAAGGGGACCGCCAUUUACAGCAUGGUUCAUACAUGUACAAUCUUGGAAGGUCUUGAAUUUUAUUAGUUGUUGUAAAAAGUUAUUGAAGUUGGUUAAAGUCCUUGAAAAGUACUUGAUUUCUUUAUUAGGUCUUGAAAAGUCUUUGAAAUUCACUACCUUACAUCUAUUCCGGACACAAUUUUCUGUAAAAUUAUUUUUUUAUUUUUUGCUAGGGAAAAUUUGGCUCAUCCUCUAAUAAACAUCAUGUGGGUAAUUAACAUAAAAAUAUUCUUACGCAUGAACAAUAUUUUAUUUCUGUUUCUUUAUUUUGAAUGCUAUUUCUGUAGCUCAGAUACCAUUGUAAGUCAUUUGCAAGUGUUGUUAUGAAAAGUAAAAAAUAAUGUGAUCAACUAUGGCUGAAGAAGUAAAAAUCGUUAACGACUCCAUGACGUGUUUUUGCCAUGCGUGAGGUGUUUGAAAUAUUCAAAAAAAUUUUAAUACAUUGAUUAAAUCUUAGUUCUUGAAAACUGUAAUUUGUUAUUGAAAAGUCCUUGAAAUUUGUUUGUCUGAAGUUGUACAAACCAUGUAGAGAAUUGACGCGACUGUAUCCUUAUUUUCAAUCCGUGCUUCAGGAGAGGUACUAACCCAGUUAGCAGUAAAACUUUGGAUUCUCCUCAAGAAGGCCCUUUCCUGAGAUCCAACAGAACGUUAUCUGGAGGUCUUAAGAGGACAGCCAAUCAGGACAGUAAAGAAACAAGGAAAGAAGAAAAUAUCAACAAGAGAAGCAAGAUCAUAGAUCAUACUACGGUUCAGCCUGCUGAGAAAGCACAAGAUCAUAGAAAUUCUGUGCUGCAGAAAAGAAAAAAUGUUGAAACAGAAUUGGCACACGUAAGGGCGUUAUUUUAAUUAAUACUUCUGUGUUAAACACUCAUUCAAAUUUUGAGCAAAUUUUUUUCCAAAUACUUUAUAACAGAGGAAAACUCUAUCAUCAAAAAUGUAAGUAAGGGGAUGGAAUAUUUCCUUGUUUAUUUUGGAAGACUAGUUCACUUGGCGCACUCACAGAGAGCUCUGUAGUUUUAGCCUUCUGGGGGGCAUGGGAAGAGGAUUUUUCAAAAUGGCAAGCUGACCAGCUUGGAUCAAAAGACAGUCAAAACAUUACUUCCUGUAAACACAGCCGAAAAAUAACAUCACCUGGGCAGUUGUUUCUUUUACUUUAUUUGACAUGGUUUAAGUGUUGUGGUGGUGGGGGUGGGCUAUUUUGUUAGUAGAAAUUUAUCUUGGUGAGUACAAUCUGAAUAUCACUCACCAAGAUGGCAAGUGUUCCAAAAAAUGUGGUUUCCAACCCUGAACUUACAAGCACUCCCCUUGAUUAAACAGUCAAACCAGCCAAUGGCAUACUACAGCUGUAACUGGCUACAGAAUAUUUGUAAGAAUGAUUUAGGGGCUUCACUAGGGUUACCAAGGAACAAAACCAUUUUAAUAUUUUCAGUGUGGUGCACUAACCACUCAGCCAUGCUAUCUCCUGAUGUAUUCAAAGUCAGCUCUGUAGUAGAUCAUUAAUUUUUUUUGUAGUAGUUUUCUUAAGCCUUGCACUAAAUUUUAACAGGCUACUAGCAAGGAGGAUACAGAAGGAAGUAGAUCCAAGAAAAUCAAGAAUUAUACAUCCACUGGGAAUGAUGAAUGUCACAGGUCAGUAUUAUCUAUUAGUCUUUGCCUGUUUAAUGGAAAAGCAUUAGUGUACAUUUUCCUGGAGAAAGUCACAAUCUUCUAGAAAAAGCAUUGUACACACAAUCAUGACAGCAUUAUAAUAAUUCACACUUCUUCCUUUGCAGACAUGCAACGGUUGAAAAAGGAGAUGCACACAUGGGAGAUAGUAUAGCUGUUUCUGAUACAAGUAGCCAUGAAGAAGAUACUAGAAUAAGUGACAAGGAACACAAGGAGAAUUCAACUAAGAGAUCGUCAACUUCUCAGAUGGAAAAAGAUGACGUAAAAAAGCGCAAAGAAACUAAUAGAGUCACUACUGUUCACCAAGACAGAGAUGACGCCAUUCAGCAGUCAGAGCACAAGGCUGUAGAUGCCUCCAAGAAUAAGCAGGUACAUGUAUGAAAGUGUGUGGUUGUUUUUCUCAAAGCUGGUUCGAUGGUGUUAAGAGCCAGAGUCAUAAUCAGCAGCCUGAGAAAACAGCCAACAUUUACGAUGCCACCACUGGUUUCCCCGGGAAAUGACAUCUGAGAAACGGGUGCAGUAAUUCCAUACUGAUGACUCAUCACUGCCCAGAUGUGGGUAGUGACUCUGAUUGGUCAUGCCGUGAGGGAAAUUUGCUUCAACCCAUCAGUUCAAGCACUACCCAAAUCUGGGUAGUGAUGCGUCAUCAGUACGGAAUUUCUGCGCUUGUUUCUUAGAUGUCAUUUAACAGGGAAACCAGUGGUGGUAUUGCAAAAUUUCAGCUUUUUUCUCAGGUUACAAAAUAAUAAUGAGAAACAUACAAGAGCUUAUGAUGUAGUGAUCUGAAGCAGCCUUCCGAUUCCUCUUAAGACUACAUCCUGUACAAUCUAGUGAGAACUAGCUCAUGAGAAUUGAAAGCAAAAUCUGAAGAACUAAACCAAUUACAGUGCCUGGUAACAAGCAUUCUGAUUGGUUUAUCCCUCUGCUUCUACUUCCAACUCCAACAAUCUGGUUUUCACUAGAUUUUUAGUGAUGGAGUCAUGCCAAGUAAGAAGAAAACAGAAACGUUGUUAUUUUCAAUUUAACUUCACAUACAACUAUUUAACAAUAUUUUUGAUGUUCCAUAGCUAACAAGAACUCUCACAACACUGUUUCCAACUCUAUCACUAGAUUAAAGCAGCCUCAGGCUUUGAUACUUAGUUGCCGAAAACCCUGCAACUUACAAAUUUGUUUGUCAAUGUGCGCCAUUUACGUGGUUGCCACAUCUCAGGGAAUGGUCAAAGAAAAACAAAAUUCUCCAAGGUCAGGGAGAAGAGAUGAAGAAGAGUUAGUACUAUACAAAUCAAUUCAUCCCAUACUUGUAUGUGCAUGUAGCAAGGUUAUUAAAAUAAUGCUUUGAUUGCAGAAACGAUUUAUGGUUCCAAGGUUUGCUUCUAAAGAAGAUUCACGACGACGAGCUGUACCAGUUUACUGUGCUUCUAAUGAGGAAUCUGAGAUGGUAAGAGCUCUUACAGUUUACAAGUAAACUUGUUUUGUUUGUCUAGAUUAUAAUCACACAUAAACAUCAUCACUACAAAAAGAGCCAUAACUCUUACAUUUCACCACCAAAUCAAGUAACUAAGGGCAUUUGUACUGCUGUUGUUUACUGGCAGGAUCUUGCCAUCUGGGAAGCUUCUGCAUGCGUGAAUCCCCCUGUCUGUGUUCAGCUUGAUGGCAGCAUGAAUGAAUCAUCUGUAUGCUCUUAUCCAAUGGGAAUGAAGACAUGAGGGAAAAAUGAUAAUGCAGUAUUAACAAACUCUUUUAAUGAAUUUUAGCCUCAAAGAAGAAAAGUGAGCAGAAAGAUUAACCAGGAGCAGAUCAACAUUGAUCGCAAGCUGGCAUGGGAAAGAGUCCAAAAAUUUCUAGAUGAUGAUGAAGAGGAGGAAGAAGAGGAUGAAAAGGAAGAGAAGUCAAAGUCAGGUAAAAAUCGUUAUUUGCUGUUCUUUUCAUCUUUUCCAGGACCCAGUCACCCCAAAGUAGAUAGAUAGAUAGACAGACAGACAGAUAGAUAGAUAGAUAGACAGACAGACAGACAGACAGACAGACAGACAGACAGACAGACAGACAGACAGAUAGGUAGAUAGACAGACAGACAGACAGAUAGACAGACAGUUAGAUAGGUAGAUAGAUAGAUACUUUUUUUAGUGAGGGUUUCACUUAAUAUCCAUCUCUCAUGUAAGGCCUACACUUUAGAUCAUAGACAGAGUGAGUCCCAUUUUAUUACUUGUCUGGUUCAAAGACAUGAAGAUUUUUUUGCUGGGCAAGUGACUUUUAAAGCUCACCUGCUAAGCGUUGGCCUUUGAGAGCAGGAAUUCAAGAUUUUCAUUUUAAUUCCAUUGUCCCGCAAAACUUUAUAAAAGGGACAGUUUAACUAGUGUUUGCUUCAGGAAAUUCAAGUGGUUCGUACUUGAAUGUAUGAUUUCUGUAUGUAGCUCUCUAAUGGGUUUACUUUGUGGAUACUGAUUUUUCGUUUAAACACCCUCUUUUUACUUUGUAGGAGCAACAGCAGUGCCAUUAACAACUGCACCAACUUGCAUCUCUUCAUCCUUAUUAAAGAUCCCUUCUGGUAAUCCUGUGUCAAGCACAGUAAGUCUAACCACAGUAACCACUCAAAGCCUUGUCACACCAGCUCUGUCCACGGGAUUUCCAAAACCAACCACAGGGAACCCAUUAGCAACUGCCAUUUCCCUGGCCAGUCAAACAAAGCAAGGAAAUGGUGCUCUUGCCCAACCACAAUCCUCGGCAGGGUCAUUAUUGCAAUCCCGACAGAGUUUACUUGCAAACUUGUUAACAACCGGGGCAGUGUCGUCAACAGCUGCUACAAAACAAGAUAAUUUAGUUACAGCCACAUGUGCUAGUGCAUCAAAUCCUAGCCUGGGAACUUUACAAGCAAAUACACCAUUUACAUCAUCUGCGACAAGUUUGAGCGUUCCAGGAUUAAAAACGAAUUCAUUCUCUUCAUCAUCUCUUGGAAAUUCUUCGUUCUUAAAAUCGAAAACAACUGACAAUUUAACUUCACUGACAGGUUCUUCAAAUCAAAGUACAUCUACAACUAGUUUUCAACUAAGUGCAAGCAUAGUUCAGUCAUCCGUGAGAUCUUCACUGCGUUCAAGUCAGCUAUCUUCCCAGAAAGUUGAUUUUAGUUUUCCUGCAGUUUCUUCUUCCGGGGCAUCGACAAGUGCCGUAGCUACAACACAGGGGGGGUUUAAAUUGUCAGUUCCAAGUGUAACACGUAAUACUUUUGGCUUAGAGACGGCUGGAUCAAAAAGCAGUCAUGGGGCUGCAGUUAUAAAUAGUAAAAAUACUGUUACGUUAACAACAAGUACUUCUCAAAAUCCUUUAACCUUUGGAGUAGCAGGAAACAAUUUAACAUCAACAACGCAGAGUCCUUUUGGAUCAAUUGGUAAAUCUACGGCGGUUACAUUCACUGCAAAUUCAUCAGGCAUAUGUGGGCAAAACACUGCACAGAAUUCAUCUGGUUUAACAACACAGAAUAAAGAAGCAUUUGGUUCCACUAGCUUGCAGUCCUUAUCAGCGUCAACGGGCCAAGCACAGGGUGCCUCCAGUGUUAAUUUUGGUGCAAGUCCGUUUACUCAGUCUUCAUUAGGGACCCAGCCUAACCAAAUUGCUUCUCAGAGUGCCUUUGGAUCCUUUCCUACCCAGAAUGCUUUUGGAACACAACAGAGUCAACCAGCUUCCCAGAGUACCUUUGGAUCCAGUGCUACCCAGAAAGCUUUUGGAGCACAGCAAAGCCCAGCAGCUUCCCAGAGUACAUUUGGACCUAAGAGUGCAUUUACUUCAGAGGCACCUAAAACUCAGAAUUCUUUUGGAUUACAAGCUGGACAAACUUCCAGCCAAAGUGUGUUUGGAAGUCAAAGUGCUACCCAAAGUUCUUUUGGGAAUCAAGCUGCCCAGAGUGCUUUUGGCUCCCCACAGCAGCCUCCUACCCAAAAUGUUUUAGGAACCCAAGCUACCCAGUAUGCCUUUGGAGCUCAACUGAACCAGCCGGCCAAACAGAGCGCUUUUGCUGCGCCUACUGAUCAGGCAUCGAAAUCUACUUUCAGCUUUGCUCCAAAUGCUGUUCAACCCAACACAAACUCACCUUUUGGUAGUUUUAGUAGUAAACCUUCUACACAGAAUGCCUUCGGGGCAACACCUACCCAGAAUGCAACAGGUACCUCUGAGGGCUUCAAAUUUGGUGCAACCGCAAGUAAGACGACACCAGGAGGAUUUACAUUCAAUGCAGCUGGCAACAGUACGGGAGGCUUUCAGUUUGGUAAGUUUUUGAUUUGAUGUUAUAGUUACCAACAUUUAGAUUAGAAUGCAGUUACCUGUUUUUACGGUACUUUAAUGCGGACAUCAUAAAACUGAUUCCCAUGGAACGAUCUUAGCUGUAUAUCGAUAGUAAUGACUAGUCAAAUCCGCGUAUAAUUUAGUACAGCAAAAACUCACAUAUAUGAAACUGAACUGAGAUUAAGAAACACAGGAUAAAAUUUGGGCUCUCUGAGUCUCUUACCUAACAUAAGAAGCAUCUCAGUUUAUUACCGAAUGUUCGGGGGUUCUUACAUAUGCACGUACUUGAUGUUUAAACAUACCUGUACCCAAUAACCUGCCCCGGGUUGUUUAACUUUGGAUAGCGCUUUCCACCGGAUAAAUUACUAUCCAGCGGACAAGUAUUACGGGAAACAAUUGCGUUACCCGCUGGAUAGUGAUUUAUCCGUUGGAUAGCGUUAUCCACCGGAUAAAUCACUAUCCAGCGGAUAAGUAUUACGGGAAACAAUUUUGUUACCUCGCCCCAGUUGUUCGAAAGGUGGAUAAGGCUAUCCACUGGAUAAAUCACUAUCCAGUGGAUAGCGCAAUUGGUUUCCGUAAUGUUUACCCACUGGAUAGUGAUUUAUCUGGUGGAUAGCGCUAUCCAACGUUUGAACAACCGGGGCCUGCUGGAUAGUGAUUUAUCCGGUGAAUAGCGCUAUCCGACGUUUGAACAACCCGGGGCCUGAUGAACUGACUCAUCUACACAAACUUUUUUAAAAUUAAAUUAGGUACCGCAGGAGGUAGCAGUUCGUUUAGUGGUUUUGGACAGGCAUCAGUGCAAGCUGCAAGUAAGUCCGCCCUGUUUAUUGGCCAUAUAUAGUAUAAAGCUCUGAUAAAACCAAGUGAUAAAAGACUGGGAAAAUGUGUUCUUCAUGAUGGAGUUGCAAAGAAGACCCAUGCAUUUUAUUGCAACCGGGGACAUUUGUUAUACCGUCGUAUUUUAAACUAAACUUCUCUGUUUGGUUUAUUGUUCCAUCAGUUCGGUUUCUUUGUCUGUGUGGUUGUUUUACACGCAUUUUCUUUUUCGUAAUUUUCAGCCCCAGCGACCAUGCCUGCACCAUCCAUGCCCAGCGGUGGUUUCAACUUUAAUCCCGGGUCAAGUGGCACCAUGGGAACCGCAUUGGCAUCUUCUACGCCUGCGCCGUCAUUUGGCGCUCCAAGCACCACACAAGGUGCAAGCAGUGCGCUUUCAGCAAAAACGCGGGCUCGCUUGGCCGCCAGACGAAGAGGCAAAAAGUGAGAAGUGUUCACGUGACAAUAAAUCAAUGCGCUAAACAUUGCGUUGUUGAUAGUUUCAAGUAUUACGUCCCGGUGAAAAAUACUUUGAUCAAUCAGGCUUUCCAGUGAAAGGGAUGUUGUCGUAUUGCUGAGGAGGGUAUAGAAUUGUAAGGACUUUUAUAGUAUCCAAUCCAAGCCCUUGGAUUGAAUUUGCACAUCGUAUGGUCUCAGUGCCGAAAUUUAAACAGUCCUAAUGAAGAAUAUUAUAUUAUUGCUGGCGUUUUCACGAGUGAAAGCGUUCACUGAUUUACGGCGCGAACGUGAUGUUAAAGACGAAAAAUACGAAACCAGUUAUAGAACCAGGUAUGGCUUCGUAUACUUUGGUAGAAUUCA